AUGGUUCAAGAAGUUAAUAAUAUACCGAGUUCAAACGGUUAUCAACGUCACUCUGAACAGGAUUCCCAAGGUACGUACAAAGGUAAAAGAGAGAAUGUUGAUUCAGCAGCUAAUAGUUCUCCUCAACCAAAGGAGACUAGUAAAACUAAAGAAAUUUCAUUGAAAUCCCACCAGUGGUUUGGUAACUUUAUCGCUAAAAAUGAAGUUCCACGUAAGUCAUUUCAUUCAUCUAUCGGAUUCAUAACGUUAUACCUUUACACUCAAAAUGUGGACUAUACAAAAAUCAAGUGGCCAUUGAUUUAUGCGUUUAUCAUUAUAGGUGCAUUAGAUUUAUUAAGAUUACGCUGGCCAUUAUUCAAUAAGGCUUACUGUCGUACAGUGGGUGCCCUAAUGAGAGAAAAGGAAAUCCAUGGUUAUAACGGUGUUCUUUGGUACCUUUUGGGAUUGAUCUUUUCAUUUACGUUUUUCUCCAAAGAUGUGGCUGUAAUUUCACUGUUUCUAUUAAGUUGGUCUGACACUGCAGCAUCCACCUUUGGGAGGAAAUAUGGUCAUCUAACUCCUAAAAUUUCCGGUAACAAAUCUCUAGCCGGUUCCCUAGCCGCAUUUACGGUAGGUGUGUUCACAUGUCUUGGAUUUUACGGUUAUUUUGUACCUCACUACCACUAUGUGAAUCGUCCUGGUGAGAUUGCUUGGAGUCCAGAAACGAGUUUCUUGAGUCUUUUCGAAAUUUCAUGGCUAGGUGGGUUAGUAGCCGCAUUAAGUGAAGGUAUCGAUCUUUUCAAUUGGGAUGAUAAUUUCACAAUUCCAUUUCUAUCUUCAAUCUUCAUGCACUGCGUUAUUGUUGCAACUCAAAAAUCCCAUCCUAAAGUACACGCUGCUACACAAGCUGCUAUUAGUGCUGCUCAAUCGAUGCAUUUAGUUCCUACUGGUACAACUUCUACUCUAUGA